AAUACGAUCGAUCAUAAGCGGAAACCCUAACGCAAACUCCAGAAAGCGAGCUUGCUGAGAGAGGCCGAAAGAUGAGCCGAACAGGGAGUGGCGCUGGUGCGAAAGGAGGGAAGCGGAAGGGCUCGACAUUCGUCAUCGAUUGUUCAAAGCCGGUGGAAGACAAGAUUAUGGACAUCGCAUCCCUUGAGAAGUUCCUCCUUGAACGGAUCAAGGUAGCCUCGCUUGGCGGAAAGGCCGGCACGAUUGGCGAUGUCGUCUCCAUCACACGGGACAAAAACAAGAUCACCGUCACUUCCGAAGGCCCAUUUUCCAAGCGUUAUCUGAAGUACCUAACAAAGAAGUAUCUGAAAAAACACAAUGUGCGAGACUGGCUACGAGUGAUUGCUUCCAACAAGGAUCGUAAUGUUUAUGAGCUGAGGUACUUCAACAUUGCUGAAAAUGAAGGCGAGGAGGAAGACUGAGAACAGAGUACUGUCCUGCUUGCUAUAUAUUAUGUUUCUGUUCGUCUUAAUUUUGAAUUUUUUUUAUGAACCUGGAAUUUUGAUAAACUUUAAAUAUUCAGAGGUUGCUGUGACAUUAAUCUCAUUUCUUCAUUAUUAUUUUACUAGUUACUCAA